AUGCCCAAAUAUGCUGAGUUCUUAAAAGAUAUCUUAUCUAAGAAGAGGCGUUUUAGUGAAUUUGAAAUUGUAGCAUUGACCGAAGAUUGCAGUGCUAUCAUACAAAGAAAGCUUCCACCCAAGUUAAAAGAUCCUGGUAGUUUUUACAUCCCAUGCAAUAUUGGGAAACAUUUUGAUGGGAAGGCCUUGUGCGACUUAGGUGCAAGUGUAAAUCUGAUGCCCUUAGCCAUUUUCAACAAGUUGGGCUUAGGAGAGGCAAGACCGACAACAAUGACACUCCUUCUCACUGACCAAAGCAUUUCCUAUCCUAGAGGGAUUAUUGAAGAUAUGUUAGUGAAAGUAGAUCAGUUUAUCUUUCUAGCAGACUUCAUUGUCCUAGAUUGUGAUGUGGAUUAG